CCAAGUAUAUACAAUAAACCAUCCAACAAUAUGUCCGACUUGACCCCAAUACUAAAGGCUUCAGAUAUGCCUGAAGAAAUUCAAACUAGAGUGUUUGAAUUAUCAGCUGUGGGUCUUAACAAAUACGAAGCGGAAAAGGAUGUAGCUGCAUUCCUUAAAAAAGAGCUUGACCAAUUAUAUGGACCAACCUGGCACGUGAUAGUUGGUAAGAGCUUUGGCUCUUAUGUUACACAUGAACAGGGAUUUUUUGUUUACUACUAUAUUGGAGCUGUAGCCUUUUUAGUAUUCAAGAGUGGUUAAAAUAUUUUUUAAAUAUGUACAAAAAUGAUUGCAUAAUAAACGAGAUAAUAGUAAUU